AUGGCAGGUACCGAGAUAUCCAAGAGGCCCCGAUUGUCUCUUCAAACCAAACCUUCGCCGGGACCCGGCAGAGCGAAAGGUUCCUUAGCGAAUGUUGACCCUAGAUCGCCCACGGCUUUUAAUACUCUCACCAACUUAUACGUCACCGCUAUUGAAAGGUCGACGCCGACUCAGUCGACUCCUAUAACGGCUAUCAAUCUUCUCCAACCCUUAAAGCUUCAAACAGACCCCGAGUCUCUCAAAGCUCGCAGGCCAAGGGUAGAAAUACCUUACGCCGCAACGUUGCCGGACACUCCUCUUUCUGCUAAUCCUGUCUCUCCAUCUCAGCAGAUAGACAUGGUAUUUCCGAGUACCAUGACAUCGACACCUCCGUUGUCUGCUGGGGCCGUCGAGUCUUCUAACAAUUACACAUUCGCACCUGGCGAUGUAAACAAACAGGAAUCUUUAUACUCCCCUACUCAAACCCGGCGUCGAGUAGUUUACGCGCCUUUCGCAUCUCCCGCCAAGGCGCCAUACAGCCACAAUAAAUCUCUUCAUAGCAUAUUGCGAAACUCACCUUUGGCGCCCGCAAGUGACAAAUCACCGAUAUCACCGCGGAGGCAGUCCCGCAGACUGCAGGAAAAGGCGGCCAGGCACGUGGGGUAUUUAUCUCCGCUGACACAAACUAUCACGACCGAGAAGUAUAUCAAGUCCCAUGUCGAACUGCUCGCAGAAGAUGCAUCUCCGUAUACGCCUUCGCCAGCUGCUGAGGACUCAGACAUGAUACUUGAUCUUGCAUUGGCAUAUACAGGGAGCGAAACACGAGACGGCGGAGAGACCCCUGGUCCUUUCGAGGAGAUGCGGAGGCGUAUGACAGGAUUAGGCACGGAGACGCCGAUUACCUCCCCAAGGCCAGAUGGGAUUCGCAAGCGCAAGAGGAAGGAGAAAAAGAGAAAGUGGGUUUGGACUAUCGGCCAAGAUGACGAGGAGAAAGAGAGCGGUGCUAUAGCUGCUCUUAAGGCCGCUGUAGAAGAAUCUACGCCUAGACCUUCAGCACCAUUUCUUCCCCCGCUGUCCACGGCUGGCCAUACGAAUACAACCUUAUCUGAACCCCAGACAGCGGUUCAAAUUAGCUUUGAGUCUGUGGAGUCGAGCUCGGACUUGGCAAGGGAGGAGAUGGAUAUUGAGAUGUCCGAUUCGAGCAGCAUAUCAUCGAGUAGAGCUACAACACCGCCCGAUAUCGAGUUGGAAAUGAAGACGUCAACAGGGACUACGCUUGCUACGGCCCCUUCUAAAGUAGGGAAUCUUGAUCCUGCGGACUUGAUCGACCCUGAGACGGGAAGCAGGAGGGACUCACCAAUCCCGCCCGAUCUAGUGAGCGGCAAGCAGUAA